CAUUCGUCUACCUACGUGUGAACUGUGAAGUUAUGCUAUGGUUAUGGUAAUUUCAAAUGUAAAUCAGGUUGAUGUAGGCACUGGUCCACCGUGGCCUUGACGACGGGAAGAGGAAAAAGAAAAGAAAAUGGCAAGUGUAAUGAAUACGUCAAUGCAACUACGGAUUUGAAUAAACAGAGUAGGCAGUUUCGAAACAUUAAGAAGGAUCCAUGUAAUCUGUCAUCCCCAGUCUUCUUUGUCAAAAAAAAGAAAAAGAAAAAGGAACGACUGGAGAAAACAAAAUCAAUAUAGUGAUCGAUUGAUUCCAAAAUGAUCAGCUGGUUUAAGCAGUUACGUACUGCUUUUGGGACUUCGUUUCUCUGGCUUGUUUGCCUCAUUUACUUCACCCAGGGGUUCAGAUCUUUUGUCUGGACAGCAGUUUCAUAUCAGUUGAAAGACAACUUGAAGCUAUCACCAUCAGCCUCCCAAUUUGUCACUUCUGUAGCAUUCUUUCCGUGGAGCAUAAAACCUUUAUAUGGGAUAUUAUCUGAUUGCUUUCCAAUUAGAGGAAGGAAAAGAAUCCCCUACCUUACACUGGCAACUUUGCUCUCGCUUUUGCCAUGGAUCAUUUUAGGAUUAAGUCCUUUCCUGAGAAAUACGAGGAUAGAACUCAUGAUUUUUUUGACAGUGCAGAAUCUGGGCUCCGCAAUGGCUGAUGUCGUAAUUGACGCAAUGAUCGCUGAGGCUGUAAGAUUUGAGAGGGCAUCAUUUGCUGGUGAUCUUCAGUCAAUAUCUUGGCUGUCCAUGGCAUUUGGUGGAAUCUGUGGUAGCUUGCUAGGAGGAUAUGCAUUAAUCAAUUUACAGAUUGAUAGGAUUUUCCUCCUUUUCUCCGUCUUACCUGCUUUGCAGCUCUUUUCGUGUGGUUUGGUUAAGGAGGGCUCUGUACAAGGUAAAGUAUUCGCGGAAGGCUCUGCAUCUAAUGGUUCUGACAUGACGAGCGGAAUUAUUGAUGAAGAAGAUAAGUUCUCUGGUGAAAAAUCGAAAAUUAGUACUUUGAGGCGAAAGAAGAGCCAGAAAAAUACAAAAAGAGCACCAACUCUAGAAAAUAAAUUUGAGUCUCCUGACAAAAACGAAUCAUCUUCGCCUCCAUGGUAUCAAUCACUGGAAAGCGCCACUUACACAUUAUUUAGAGCGUUCCGCAAGCCAGCCAUUUUGAGACCAAUGGCUUGGUUCUUUUUGGCUCAUGUGACAGUUCCAAAUAUCUCGACUGUUAUGUUCUAUUAUCAGACAGAGUUCUUAAAACUGGAGGCAUCUUUCCUUGGAACAGCACGAGUUCUUGGAUGGUUGAGUCUCAUGAUUGGGACGUUGACUUACAAUCGCUAUUUAAAAAAGAUGAGGUUGCGAUAUAUUCUCAUGUUCACUCAAGUUGGCAUUGCCCUUCUGACAGUUCUAGAUAUGGUUUUGGUUUCUCGAGCUAAUGUAUUUUUAGGCAUCUCAGACAAGGUUACGGUGCUAUUUGGUUCUGCUCUUUCUGAUGGCAUCAAUCAAUUCAAGUUCAUGCCCUUUCUUAUCUUAUCGGGUCAGCUUUGUCCUCCAGGCGUUGAAGGGACUUUGUUUGCUUUAUUCAUGUCAAUAAACAACUUAGGUUCUACAGUGGGGUCCUUUGUAGGAGCAGGGCUGGCUUCAGUUCUAAACAUCUCUUCAGGGUCUUUUGACAAUCUCUUCUUAGGCAUUGGGAUACAGGUUCUCUGCACUUUCAUCCCAGUGGCCUUCCUCUUUUUGAUUCCAAAGGGAGCCACAGGAAUAUCAGCAUAGUUCAUAAAGCAUACAUGCAGGUUACAGAUGAUUAUACAACAAAGGUUUUUUUCCCUUUAUGAUAGACAGAUUCUCGUUUUUGGAUUGAGAUGGAGCAACACGGUUAGUGACAAUUCAAAUAGUUGACCCCAAUCUGCUUGAGAUUGAGGCUUAGUAGUUGAAUGGAUGCUUGUAGCACUGUAGCUUUGUAAUCCUCAACUCUGCUCAUUAACAUCUAUAAUAGCAAACAUCAAUCGUAGGGAUGAAACUUAAGGACGAAUGCCAUUUUGGGCAUCCAGAAGUUUUAUCUGCGAGCAUUAUUCUGACA